AUGUCAUCGGACGCCGUCCCUACUUCGUCUGUCAACGACAUCACACAAUGGAGCGACAAGAAAAAGCUAGAAGCGGAAGUGCAGUACAUUCUGCUGCAAUUCGAAAAGCCCAAGGAGUGGGCUGAUCUCAUGAACUGUCUGAUCCGACUGCACAGGAGCAUACGACAGUCCAUGAUAUGCGAAAUUCCACAGAAGGAAACCAUAUGCAAGCGACUUGCACAAUGCCUCAACCCGCAGCUGCCCAGUGGCAUCCACGCGCGGGCCCUGGAGGUAUAUGGCUCCAUACUGGAAAAGGCGGGAUCGGAGGGGCUGGCGCAGAAUCUGGCGCUAUUCAGCAGCGGGUUAUUCCCAUUCUUCACGUACAGCUCCUCCUCCGUGCGGCCGAUAUUCCUCAACCUCAUCGAGCAGUUCUACAUACCGCUGGGGAAAAAGCUGCUGCCCUGCCUCAUAGGACUGCUGAUAUGCAUCAUACCGGGGCUGGAAGACGACAAGUCAGAAAGCUAUGAGCAGGUGUACAAGGCGCUCGAACGCAUCAGUGACUGCGUUUCCGAGCGGAGCUACAUGCGCGCGCUCUGGCUCAUACUGCUCAACGCAAGCAAAAUAAGGCUGGCCACGCUCACGGUAAUUGCGAACAAGCUCGCCCCAGGGCUACCCUUGUUGCCGCCGGAGAGGGUGGACAUCCUGGUGCCACACCGGCAUGUGCUCGUCAUAAGGAGCCUCGAAGCCACCACCGAGGACGAGUCGCUGCUGGUGCUCAGGGAAAUGAUUAACUUGCUCAUCAAGCACUUUCCCCUGGACUCGAAUAUCCUCAGCGAUGCGGACAAGUCCUUGCUGUGCAGACAGUGCCUCAAGCUGCUUACCAAGAGGAACUGGUCGCUCAACAGAAGGUUGUACCAGUGGAUUUUCAACGCCACGAACGAUUUUAACACGUCACCGGAGUCGUUGGAUCUCACUUAUUUCACGAAGUACUCGAAGGACAAUCUCAUCUCGGCGAUCAAAGAGCUGCUCAUGGCCAGAGGCAAGAACCUGGACGAGGUCCUAAUACCCAUCAAAAUCAUCGUAACGUUCAUCACUGACGCGGAUCUCAAAGGUGUAACUGAGAAACUCAUGCCAGCGCUUUGUGUUCCGAUCCUCAAGUACAUUUGCAAGGAGCAUGAGGAAGAGGAAUGGAGAGCCAACAUCAUCGAAAGCACCAGGCUUAUUUUCGACACCAGUCUUACGCCUACGAGCGUUAUCUUCGAGUCAAUAGUGGACGAAUACAACAUGAACGCCGCCUCGUCAUACGCCAGCUGCUCCAGCGUGUGGUACGAUAUGCUGGAACUCAGCAGCGUCUAUCUCGACGAGGUCUGCACGCAGCUGUAUCUGGAAGACGUGCUCUGCGGGCUGUUCAUGCUGAUGAACAACGCACUGGACCACCUGCACAGGUUGACCAUCAAAAACGACCUCAGCAUUAUCAACCACGUCAUCAUGUACGUCUCCACCAUAUUCUCAAGGGUGGAGGGGAUCAUACGGGGCGAGGAUAACUUCGCGCGCUUCGACGACACCAUAAAGCUCGACGAGGAGGAAGACAAGAAGAUGAACAUGCUCAUGAGUUACCAAAAUUCGUGCAACACCUACAUAUCGAAGUAUCUCGACAGUUUCUACACCGAUGCACUCACGUACUUCGAGGACCGUGCUGAGGAACUCUCCGCAUACGAGCUGAACACUAUCGACCUCCUUAACGACCUGGCAGUGCGCUUCGUAGCGGUGGAAGGCUACAUGGCGGUGGUGCCGCUGACCAAGGGGUUCUGCAGAAACAAGACGUUCGUGGAUUCCAUUGGAGGCCAUAAGCAGGAUUUCCUAAACGACACCUACAUUCAGCAGCAUACAUUGAUCGAAGCGCCCUCCUUCGAGUCGUACAUAUUCCCCACGCUAUUUCGCAGUGACUCCAUAGUUUCAAACAGCAACGCAGUGGCGCCAUCAGCGAAAACCACCGAGCUGCCCACGAAGGAUGCGUUCAAGUUGGAGCACUGGAUACAAACGCUGCUCAAGUGCACCAUUGCCAACAACGCGCAGCUCUUUUGCAGAGGAAUCAGGACCUUUAUCGCACUUUUGAGGCUCCCCAACAAGCGGGACAUGUACAACUACGUGGAGACGAAUGGGGAGCACCUGCGCAGCAUCGUACUCAGGCUCUGGAACUCGCUAGACGACGCCCACGCCGCCAGCCAUUCAGAAAUCGUGCUGCUGCUCAUACAGCUCAACAACACGAUGCCGCCUUCACGCGUCGAAGCGGAGAAAAUCAUCGUGCAGGAUCUCACCAGCUCUGAAACCGACCUGAAGGUGGCAGCGAUGCUUAGGUUUGGUGUCUUGUGGCGAUAUGGGCACAUUCACGCGCCUAAGGAGGAGCUUUUCUCGGAGGCGCUGGGUUGCAUCUUAGAUAACGUGGAAGAAUCCGAUCCGAAGCUGCGGUACUACUCAUGCUCAUUCCUCUCCGAAUCAGUCGCAAUCUUGCCCAACCUCAUCAACCCCAUCCUGAGGGCGCUGGUCUCAUUCGACAAGAUCGAUCCCGAGUCUUACAGCUCCUAUAUUGUGGAUGUAUUGAGGAAGUUCAGACACCUCUCCUACAUCGUCAGUCGUGAAGGUCCCAUGCUCCUGGACCUCAUGCAAAGGCGUCAAGCGCCGCCGCAACUUAUUGAGCUCGUGCAGGGUGAGGAUAUAUACAGCCGGAUGCUUGGAGUUAGCAAGCCCGUUAUGGAAGGCAACGCUGCCAAGAGUAGUGCGCCUGCUUCGGCGAACCUGAUGCAUGGCAAUAUGGGAGUAGGAGGAACUGCGGACGGAAGGCGAUCAACGACGCUGGUAACAUUCCCCACGCUCAAGGACCCCAAGUGUAUCUCAUACGAAGAUGCCUGCAUAUACGAUUAUGUCGACCUGAUUGUUGUUCUCACGCUGAAAUACAUAUGUCUCAACAUAGACGUUUCUGCGCUUCUCAACUUCACCACGUUUGAAGGUUUGGAGCAGUACGCGAAUGAAUCAACGGAUCACCAAACGGAGAGCACGCACGUGCUGCAUGAAAACGCAAUGUUGUUUAGGUGUACUGCCAUCGAUUUUAUGAAGCUCUUCCUAUCGACCAUUCAGCCCACCAGCAGGGCAAAGGAGGUGGCGUGUCUCAUAUCACGGCCGCUUCUGUGCGUGCUCUACCACUUCCACCUCAAGGAUGAGGCUAUAGUGCAGACGCAGCUUUUGUACCUGCUCAAGGUUGUGAUCGACCGUUGCCAUGUGGAGUCCCAGGCGAUCAGCGAAGUCACGAGCGCGCUCAUAGACUCGUCUAAGGAUCUUGCCAAGCAAUCCGUGGCGUCGGUCAAAGGGGUGAAUCGCAGGUCUGUAGAAUCAGAAACGUCGUCGCAAAAAGGUGUCAGCUUUGACUUGAACAAUCAAGAGGGGGUGGAAAGAAGCGACACGGAUCUUUCACGGUUGUCUGGAUACGCACAGGAAAUUAAGAGUCGGAAGCAAUGCGGUACAGAAGCGCUAAGCAACGUUAUCAGCUCGGCCAUUGAAACUUCACCGCCGCACGAAGGCUACGCAGGGGAUGGGUUAGGCACGGGGCGCAGAUAUCCUUUCGACCAAACCUCGUGCAUACUGCCCAGAAUGUAUAUCAUCAAUGUAGUCGCAAUCAAGCAGGAGCAUGUGGGUAACCUCAAAAGGAUUACGGAUGAUUUGCUAUUUGCGCAAAUCUUGGAGUCGUGCAUUUUCAACACCGCAAAGGCAGGGCGCGUACACCUACUACAGUCAUACAUUGACUUCUCGUUGUACACACUCAAAUACUUGACAUCGGACAACUCGCUUAGGUACUCGUCGAAGUUCAUCACGCACUUCUGUAACCAUCUCUGCCAAGGCAAGGACUGGAUCAAGAUUGCCGCCAUAUCCCAGUAUCUCAGGGGGAUCUACGUCAUGCUCAGACAUAUAACCAACAAGUUGGGCAACAUGAAAAUAGACCUUAAAAGCUUGGAAAGGUUUAACAAUGACAACGCCUUGUCUCCAUGUAGCCUAUCUGCGAUCCUCAAUGCAGCCGAGACAGAAUGCAUGCAAAACGACGGCACUAGUGAUACCGCGAAAUGCACCCGUGUGCUGGGGUCGAAGCAGAAAGCGCAUACGGCCACCAGCAAGGAAGACCCCAUCAUAUUCGAGAUAGCACAAGUGGUCGAUAUAUGUAUCCAGUGUCUGCUUUGGGUGGAAAAGCGCAACAACGUUGAUAUACUCAACAGGGUACGUGGGAUGGCCAUUGGGGAUACGGCCGUCGUUGACUCGCCGAAGCGAGGCUCUAUCACAUUCAAAGUGGAUGGCAGCAACCAGGAAUCAAUACGCCUAGACAUAAUCAUGGCCGUGCAAAAUAUAUACAAAGAAAUAUUGCAAGGCUUUAGACUGCUGUUCCAAUGCUUGCCACAUCACUUCACGGAAGGGUGCCUAAUGCUCUGGGACAAGGCCGAACACAGCCAGCACAGCAGGAACAUAAAAUUGGAGCUCAUAAGUUGCCUAAAUGCCAUGCCACAGUUCUCGAGGCAGAAGAUGAUAUCGUACAUUCUUGACAUGCUGGAACCAUACGCAAAAUCCUCGAAGUACAAGCAUUUUAAGGGAUACCAGCUGCUCUCCUCCAACGUUAGAGAUAACGCCGUAUGCGAAUUCAUAUAUGCGCUUAUUGACCUGCCAAUGACGGCUAAGAAGGAUAUAGAGGACACGUUCCAUGUCAUGAAGCGGUACAUCACAUUCGUACUUAACUACCAACGUCAGCCCAUGGUGUUGCUCUGGAGCUUCCAAACCAUCUGCAAUUUCGAUAAGUCGCAUCCCACCAAAAAUGCAAACGUUAUCGAUAAGAGCAUGAAAAAGUUCCUCAGCGAGGUUAUGUAUGGCCUCAUCUAUCAGAGUGUCGGACUCUACAUGCACAAAGUCUGUACAUGGCUGCUGCCGAAAAAUUAUGACCUGGAACCGCCGCUGCCGCCCCAUAUGUAUGUCAUCAACAACGAGUACUAUGAGCACGUCAACCCCAAGGACUCAAUAUUGGCAUGCACAGGAUACACGCCAAAAGGGAAUGCAGCGAACGUCACGACGGCGAAAACGAAGUCAGUUGACAGCCUUGAUUGCCUCUGCAAGAAUGCACUUGCGCAGAUGAUCGUCUUUAGCUACGAAACGGGACAGCUCAGCAGACGCACGGCAAUAGCCAACAUCUUCUUCCACGUCCUGCUGAACAACCUGGGUUCAUACGUUCUGCCGAUGCUGCAAGAGAAGAUGGAUAGGCCACUCACCUACCGCUAUCUCGUGCUCUUGCUUUUGCGCAACCUCCCGUUCAAUCUCUAUGAGGGCUCCCUGCAGUGCAUCAAGAAACCCAUCAUCGACUACAUUAAUAUGCCCGGGUUCUUCAAAACGGAUCGCAGGGGAUUCCGGUGCAUCACAAAGAUAUUCAGGCUGGUUGCGGAUGAUGAGUGCAGGGGAACUGUGGACCGGCUUAGCAAGCUGGACCACUACACCUGCCCGCCACACAGCUCCGUGUUUACCAGCAGGUCGAUGGACAUACAGGGACGUAUAAAGUACCUAAAUAGGUUGGCUUUCGUGCUGUACGCCUGUCGCAAUGAUGCGUUCGCAUCGCACAUCGCAACUAUCAUUGAGAGGCUCACGGAUAAUUGUAGAGCGUACGACGACGAUAAUCUACGUACAGGGGCGUUGCUAGUCAUGCGGGUACUGCUGAUCAAAAUGUCGCAGCAGUACCUCACUGUCUUGUGGCCAGUGCUGUUGUCGGAACUUAUCAAGGUUUUCGACAGGGAAAACAGGACCUUAAUUGGGUUGGAUGCGUCCCAAAGCGCAAACACGGCAGACAGGCAGAGUGGCAAGGCCGACGCAAACCGGUACAGACUACUCAAAGAGGCGCUAAAGAUUAUUGAUGUCGCGUACGCCCUCAAACUUAACGAUUUUCUGAUAUACCAGUGGAUGUUCGUGAACGACAUGGCGGACAAAUACUACACCGAAAACGAAAAUGAAGUCGAAAAUGACGCUUUCGAGUUUAAGCCCUUCCUCAUGAUUAUAGAGCAGAAGUAUCCGGAGGUGGUAAAAAAGCACCUCCGCAACGAUUACUACCUGAAAAUGAGGAAGUUCAUAGAUAGCAACGCUGCCUACGACGCCGAACUCUCGCAGUCGUCAACUCCCGCUCACAGCGACCAGACGAAAGCCCGGCAGGUAUCGCACGGGAAAAUGGACGAACAAGUCCCGCUGGCGAGUGCCCAGGACUCCACCGAGAGGAAACAACUCACCCAGGAGUUAAUCGACAUGUCGAUUGAAAACGAUCUCCUGGACAUCGGCGUGGACCACAGGGACCUGGAAAGCGAGCUCAACGUGCACCAAAUAUGCAAAAUGUACCGGAAGGUUGUUUAG